CUUGGCAUUUUCCUCAAAACCCUUCGCUUUAGACUUCUCUUGUUUCACACCCUCCGGGCUCGCGGCGUCGCCAUCGCUCCGGGUCUUUGCAUUUUUGCCACAUCGUGGAUGCUAUGGGGUGUGUCCUCCUUCCUUCAUGCAAGCACAGAACAGCAGGCGGGGUUCUGCCAGCUCCGCCACUCGCCUUCAGCCCGUCUGACCACCAGCAAUCAUGAGAAGGUGAAACCCUUUACACCGUUACUUAUAAUGCCUGAAAUUAAUGUAUCGCACUGCGGAGCACCUGCCGCGCCCUCACCGUCCUUGCACCUGGGGCUGGUCGCGGGGGCGCACCGGGAGCCUUAGUGGGUAGCGUCCGCAGCCGCCGCGGUUUCCCUGGCAGCUCCCGGCAGAAGGCACAGCCCGGAUCUCCCAGGGUUUACAGCCAGGUCACCUCUGCAGACAAGCUGGGUUUGGUGCUGCCGGAAGGGGGAGCGGCAGCGCGGCUCGGCCGGGCUGGGGGCGAGGAGAGCGCGCUCUCGCGGCCCCUUGGCUGGGUUCUCCCGCGGGGAGAGGCGGGGCCGGGCAGAGGCUCCCGGGAGAAGUUCCACCAAGACUCAUUCCUAAUCGGUGUAGAAACUCACCUCUCCCGCGGACAUUCACCCAGCCUAACACGGAAGAGAAAAGCGGGCGUCAGAUACUCGAUGUGAGCUUGGCUGGACAACGUGUGCCCCUCUAGCCCAAUGUCCUCCACCCAAAGAGGGACAGUUAAUGCUCACAAUGGAUGCCCUGCGACUGGCAAAUUCGGCUUUUGCAGUUGACCUGUUCAAACAACUGUGUGAGAAGGAGCCAGCAGGCAAUGUCCUCUUGUCUCCAAUCUGUCUCUCCACCUCUCUGUCACUUGCUCAAGUAGGUGCCAAAGGUGACACAGCAGAUGAAAUUGGAAAGGUCCUUCAUUUUGAAAAUGUCAAAGACGUCCCCUUUGGAUUUCAAACAGUAACAUCGGAUGUAAACAAACUUAGUUCCUUUUACUCAUUGAAACUCAUCAAACGGCUCUAUGUAGACAAAUCUCUAAAUCCUUGUAUGGAGUUCAUCAGCUCUACAAAGAGACCAUACCCUAAAGAAAUGGAAACUGUUGACUUCAAAGAUAAAUUAGAAGAAACAAAAGGUCAAAUCAACACAUCAAUUAAGGAACUCACAGAUGGCCGCUUUGAGAACAUUUUAGCCGACAACAGUGUAAAUGACCAGACCAAAAUCCUUGUGGUGAAUGCUGCCUAUUUUGUUGGAAAGUGGAUGAAGAAGUUUCCAGAAUCAGACACAAAAGAAUGUCCUUUCCGAGUCAGCAAGACAGACACCAAACCAGUGCAGAUGAUGAACAUGGAAGCUACGUUCUGUCUGGGCAACAUCGAUGAUAUCAAUUGUAAGAUCAUUGAGCUCCCAUUUCAAAAUAAACACCUCAGCAUGCUCAUCCUGCUACCCAGGGAUGUGGAGGAUGGGUCGACAGGCUUGGAAAAGGUUGAAAAAGAACUCAACUCGGAGACACUGUUGCAAUGGACCAAUCCCAGCAUCAUGGCCAAUGCCAAAGUCAAACUCUCCAUUCCCAAAUUUAAGGUGGAAAAGAUCAUUGAUCCUAAGGCUAGUCUAGAAAAUCUAGGGUUGAAAAAUAUCUUUAAUGAAAAUGCAUCUGAUUUCUCUGGAAUAUCAGAGACCAAGGGAGUGGCUGUGUCCAAUGUUAUUCACAGAGUGUGCCUAGAAAUAACUGAGGACGGUGGGGAGUCCAUGGAGGUGCCAGGUUCACGAAUCCUGCAACACAAAGACGAGUUCAAUGCUGACCACCCAUUUAUUUAUAUCAUCAGGCACAACAAAACUCGAAACAUCAUUUUCUUUGGCAAGUUCUGUGCUCCUUAAGUGCCAAAGCCCUUGUUAAGUCCCCUUUUCUUUUCUGUGGAUUCAGAUUUCUGUAAAUCUGCACCCAGAGAACUACUUUCUAAAUAUGAUAAAUUGUUAAUGUUGCUGGAUCAAGAAGCAGCUGGCACUUGUCAUAUGCAGCCCUCACACUAACAAGCCCUUCUUUUCCAAUUCUUUGCUUUUGUUUCCUUUUUUUUUUUGUUGUUAAAUAAAAGAGAAUGACAUAUGCUUUCAGUGUAAAGGAAUCACCUUAGAGACAAAAUAUUUAUUGAUUAUUUGUUGAACUAUACAUGGUUAUUGGCAGGAAUGGGUGAGCAAUGCAUUGUCCUACGCAGAUAUAGUCUUCAACAAAGAAAAUUUCUAUAAGGUGGUUCUGGAAGAUCUCUUUCCCAGGGCUUUACCUUCCCUCGCUAAGAUGCAGGAUGUUCUGGACAUUCUCACAUCCCUGAAAGAAAAAUACACUGCAGUGCACGGGACCCACAAUGAAAUGUGGACACAUGUUGAGGUUACUGAAGAUCCAGAAAUCCUUCUGUCAUACCCCGGGAGACAGAUGGUUUGUCCAAACUCUGAAUUUUGCAGAUUUUAGAAAGAUAAAAUGUUGUGCAUAUUCCAUGUUGUGUAAUGCUCUGAUAGGCUCAGGGGCAGCACCCCAGAAAUCAACACCAUAAUAUUUCUGCAACGUAAUGUAGAAUAUCCACACAAAAUGGAUAAAUGAAGACUCUAAGUAGCUCAUACAUGGUCAAGUUUUGCUGCCAAAUGAAUAUGAGUAUGCCACCAGCUUACAAAAAGCUUUGUUUUCAGAGCAUUUUAGAUUUUGGAAUGUUGGGAAGGGAAUUAUAGACCUAGAAUAGCUGGAAGUGUGACACCCCCCCCCCCCCCACCAAAGGGAAGCCCAGAUCUCAUUAAAAACUGACUUUCACUUUUGAUAGAACCCCCUCGCAGUCUUUGGUUGGCACUAGGCUGGUGGCAUGGCUUCUAACUGACUCGACUCAACAAGGUUGUGGAUAUCUGAUGUCAGGGACUUCAGCUGUGCAGGGACGCUCACAAUAGUCAAUCAGAGCAUUUUGUGAGUUUUGAAGGAAUGUGUCUGUUUGUUUAAUGUGAUAGUAAGAAAUUGAAAGGAAUCUAAUACCUUUUGGAAAAAUAUAACCAUAACCUAUUACAAUGUUAUAAGUAAGUGCAUGGACACUUAUUUUCAAAGUCUAUGAGUUUAGUUACUUUAGAUAGUGCAUUUGUAACUUACAGUAACAGAUAAGUUACCUAUGUUGCAAGUUCAUGUAUGAAUUCAUCACCAAGAACACACUUCCUGAAAAUUUUGUGACAUUCUUUCCCUCAUCACUUCCCUGACAUUCACUGUAAAUAAGUUUGAUUUCUGUUUUCUUGCUCUGAAGGUUCAACACUGAAUUUCUGUUAUGUUACCUGCAAUAAAAU